CAGACUCCAUUAAAGGCUAUUCUCUUCAUGCACGAAAUGUUCCUCAGCUUGCACUCUUUACAAUAAACACUCUACAAACACUCAAACAACAUUCGAAGAAUCGAGCUCUUCAGCCAUGGAUUCCAACAAUAACAACAACAUGGUUGAAAUUUGUGACAUUUGUGGCCAUGUUGGGUAUGUUGAGGUACUUGUAACAUGCUCCCUUUGCAAAUUAGCUUGUGAGCACAUUUAUUGCAUGAGUGUUUAUUUAAAGAAUGUCCCGGAACGUUGGGUUUGUGAGUCAUGUGCUUGUGUAUUGAGGGAGACCAAUUUUUCAGACAUGGUUUAUGAGGAUAUGGCCCCAUUGGAUUGUGAGCCAAACAUCAUAAUUCUGGAUGAAUUUGAGGAAACAGAUACAAAAAGAACAAACGUUGCUUCUGUACUUGAACAACAGCAUCAUCCAGCAUCAAUUGAAUCACAAGGUAAUCACGAUGAUUUUGUAUACCCGAAUACGACUAAUGAUAUGACGAGAGCAGAGCGACGAGUACGUGGUGCUUCACGGGGAGUUCGCUUAAAUAAGACUACUGCCACCAUGGGAAGAAUAAAAGUUACAUGGACUCCAACACAAGGCAAACCAAUUGGAGACAUGGCAAGUCUGUUUAAUGGAGAAAUAGGAGUAUUGGUGAGAAAAUUCAUCCCUUUAAAAUAUGAGAAGCAGAAAGACAUUCCAAAUGAACUUUAUGAUAUUUUAACAGAACAAUUGUUGAAUCAAUUUGAUGUUGACAUCUCUCAACCACAUAUUAAGAGAUACAUCUACUACGAAAUUGGUAAUCGAUUUAAGGAUUACAGAUGGACUUUAUAUAAACACUACCAGAAAUAUGCUGAUCCAGUUGAGGCCCGUCGAAAUCCGUAUAAGUAUACUACUACUGAUGAUUGGAAUAUUUUGUGCGAUAGAUGGGAGUCUUCUUCAUGGAAGGAAAAAUCUGCUAGAAAUAAAGUGAGUCGAAGUAAAAUUCGAUUUAAUCAUUGUGGUGGAUCAAAAUCAUUCCUAUCUCGUCGGGUUGAUAAGGGAAAGGAAGAUGGCACAUACAUAAGCCUCAUCGAGGUUUUCUAUGAAACACAUUGUUCUGCUUCAAAGGGCUGGGUAGACCAAGCAGCAAAAGAAGCAUAUGAAAAUAUGUUGAUGUUAAGGAAAGUUGAAAAACAUAAGACUGAUGAAGAAAUUAUAGUUAUGGUUCUUGGAAAGAGGUCAUCAUACAUGAACGGAUUCGGAUAUGGACCAAAACCACCACGAAGGAAAGAAGCAUCGUCUUAAACACAAGAGUAUGUCGAAUCUCUUGAGACUUGUCUCACAAGGACCAAAGAAUUAUUAGCGGAUCAACGUCAAGGGUAUGAAAGAAAGUUUAACCAAAUCAAUGAAAUUCUGAAGAAGUUUAGUGAAGGAAGGGAUGUCAAGGACUGAAAAAUUAUUGCAGGAUCAACACCAAGAGCAAGGGUAUGAAAGAAAGUUUAGCCAAGUCAAUACAAUACUUAGUAAGGUAAAAUUGGUCAUUUUGUGAUAAUUAUGUAUGUUUGUAAAUGUUGUUUAUGAUUCUGACUAGGGGUGGGGUGAGAGUUUUGAGAUAAUUAUGGGUUGUGAUUUUUAACUAUGGUUGUAAAGACUUUGUUAUGAUUAUAA